CACCUCAAACAACACAGUCCAACUCAGCGUAGACCUUCCUCUCCGUGAUCAAGAUGAUGCAGCUGACAUUAUUCGUGGCUCUGCUGGGGUUUGCAGCCUCAGCGGCCUCUGGCUCGCAGUCUUUUCUGCCCGUCGACUGCAAUGACAUCUAUUGCCAUGAUAACAAGAGCCCCAGUGGGGUGUACGACAUCUUCCCCGGGGGUCCCAACACUCCCCUUAAAGUCUACAGUGACAUGAACACUGAUGGGGGAAGAUGGACGGUAUUCCUCAAGAGGAUGGAUGGGAGUGUAAACUUCUACAGGGACUGGAGUAACUAUAUGGCCGGAUUUGGGAACCAGUCAGGAGAAUAUUGGCUUGGCCUGGAAAACAUCCUCCUGCUGACUCAGAGGAAGGAAAACGAGCUGAGGGUCGACAUGGAGGACUGGGAGGGCGGGAAGGCGUACGCCAAGUACUCCUUCUUAUCCAUUGAUUCUGAGACUGACGGUUGUCAGCUUCACCUGGGCAGCUUCACUGGUGGAGACGCAGGGGAUAGUUUGACAUCACACAACAACAUGAAGUUCACAACAUUUGACAACGAUCAGGACCAGUGGGAGAAAAACUGCGCUCAGAGUUAUCUCGGUGGAUUCUGGUACAACCAAUGCCACCAUGCUAACCCCACCGGUUUGUACACCGCACCUCAAGGGCUUGUCGACGAAUAUGAACACGUUCAAGCUCUCUGGAGUACGUGGAAGGGCUGGAAGUUAUGCCUGAAGACCCUUGCCUUGAAGAUCAGAUCAGUCACUGCAUGUGCAAGCAUUCAAUAACCUGAUUAGCUGUACGCUGUUAUUGUUGACAAGUUUAUACAAAAUGUCUGACAACUUGAUCAUUCUUGUUUACCUAACUAUAAUUUUCCUUUGUGGCUAACAAUGAAAUUACUGUUUCAAUGCAACAUGUAUAUAUAUAUAUAUAUGUUAUAUUUUUUAUAGGUACGUCUUUUGAGUUAAAUGUUUUUUAAAAGGUUUUUUUUUUUUAAAUUCUGUUAACUACUGGGAAUUUUUCUCUGUUUUGGAAUUCAACACACAUGGGAAUGGCUGCCAUACACGAAGAGAUAAAUAUUUAAG